AUGAGUUCUCCGAAACAGCUACGACCCGUGCGACAGCAGUGUGAAGCAGCACAUGCUACUGUUUGUGGCAUAGAAGCCCAACUCUCGUCGCAAACGGCAUUCCAACAGCUCAACCAUGAUGACCUCGUUCAUGCCGCCACCGCCAGUUCAGACAUGAUUGCAGAGGCUGACUCCAAUUUGCGGGCAAUUACCUAUAUCUCUGAGCGAUUGAAACGAACCCACACCAAGAUCAACUCUGGGAAAGUCUGCGGGAUGGCGUCAAGCAACUUGGCCACGUUGAUUGUCGGAACGAACUUUGAACAGAAAGCACCCGCUGCAUGCAAUGAGGACGGUGCCAGUUGGGAGCCGCUUACCCUUUUACUGCAAACGCACCACACGGAGGUCCACAUGCCUGAGACACUAGAGAAGGGCCAGAAACCACCCAAAGUGAAGAACAUUGUUGAGAUGCACGCUUUUGCCUUCUGCAACAUCGACGGCCAUGGUGGAACUUCAAACAUCGUGGUUUCUCCACUCUGGAAGCGGGCCAACACUGGUUUCCUAGAGCCAAACCAUUUUGAGGACUCUUCGGCUUUGCACAACCUCUUCUCACGGGGAGGUGCAUGUCGAAUCUUUGCAGUAUCCGGUCGCCAUAGCAAGAUCGGUGUCCUACGCUUCCCCGAAGCAGACAAUGCAUCUUGGGAAGCAUUGCGUCGGGACAUGAAAGAACUCCCGGUCCAGCGGGACAUCAAAGACACCUCGCACUAUUUGAUCGGCCGCCUUGCAGACCUCAAACUCUACACGAUGACCGCCACCUGGUAUCAAAACAGCAAAGCGUCCAUUUACCCGUUGUCAAUCACCUUUCUGGACGCUCAAGUGUAUCAACACCUCUCCGAAACUGCCAGGGCACUUGCCUUUACGACGGUCGAGUCGGUCGUGACCAAUCUCAAUCCAGCGCUUCCACGCACGGUUCCCCAAUCGCCAACACCGCGUACACAUCCCGAACUGGAGACAAUGCCAUCCGUUGGAAAGGAGGAUGGUGUACCAUUGACAAAAAAGCGUUCACAUCAGCGUAAACCUCUUUUCCAAGUAGGCUUCUAUGCUGACCUUCUGGAUUCGAAUGACGCCCAAACAUCCGUCACGGCGAUCACCCUCUCAAUGACGAAACAAACCCUUCCUUGGGCAAAACCGCCCCCACUUGUCACGGCCCUUGGCGUGUCAUUUGAAAGCGCCCUGGAUCAACGUUUUCUGGAUGAGGUGCACCGAAAUAAUUCAGAUGGGUCCGCUAAAUACCGAAAAUUCACAGUCGAGGGGGGCGUUGACGGCAAGCUUCGCAUCUACACCGAGAAGCGUGUGCGGAUUUGA